CUAGAAAAUUUCAAAAUCUGUAAAAUAUGAUAGCUUUAAUUGAAUAUACUGCCUUUGUUCUGUGGCUUUAAUCCAAAACGCACGAGAGACCAUCAGCAGCUUGUAGCAGGGGUUAAAGGGAACAUGUUGGUCUGUCUGUAUGGGCUUUGGUGGCAAAUUCAGUUUUGCUGGCAAUGAGUACAUCAAAUCUGUUUAAUCUGGGAAAGUGAGAAUGGAUUAAGCAGAUAGUUAAGAAAUUAGCAGGAAGAGUGUGAGAUACUACAUGAAAAUCUGCCAUGAACAUCUAAAGUGUCUCCAGCUGCUAAACUUGUUCGACGCUUAUAAAAAUUGCCAGUCAUUCUGUAAGGAUCAAGAGAGAAAAGAGAUUUCAUAGAUGAGUGAAUGUGAAAAAAUAAUCAGAGCAGGAGAGGGGAAAACAGUGCUUCUGAAAGGAUGUAGAGAUCUGUGAGUAUGACUGGGAGACCUUUUCCCCUCAUUUGGCUACUUCUAGAGGGGGCCUGUUACUAAUGGCCUCUGAUGUGAAAAGGCAGAAUCAAGUGAAAAGGCAAUGAUUUAAAAGGAUGUAAAUUGACUAUUGAGUUUCCUUUUAAGUAUAUUUAUACUUUAAUAUUGAUUCCUAUUGAAGUAGCAAAUUGAUUUUGUAAAAUGGUUUUUAGAUUUUUUACACUGUUAAAAAUUAAAGGUAGAUUUUAAUUUUUUUUACUGUGGUUAUGUGUGUGGAUAUCUGGUCUCUACAGACAUGUCUUUGCCACAACAUACUUCUUUACUCCCUGAAACUGGUUCAUCAGCUUUUCCUUUCCGUAGAAGUAUGCAGAGUGUCGUGGCAAGACAGUCUUGCUCUCGAAUUCCUUUUAGAGCAUAGGCAACUGGGUUCACUCUUUUCUCCCUUUCCUCUUCUAUAACCCCUUCUUUUUUUCCCUUAGCACUCAUGAAUAGUGCACAGCAAAAAUGCCCCGUGGAAGAGCUGCUCGGACUUCUAUUCAGAGUGAGCUUCAUCGAGAUAGGAGGCGCCCGGAGAUCACCAUUGUGGCAGCUGAGCCGCUGAGGCCAGCCUCAUGGUUUCCAGGAGCCCCACCCCCAGGAUUGGGAUUUCCCUCGUCCUCUGCAGCAGGCCCUUGGAGGCCCAGUGAGCUGGUUCCUGCUGAGCUCCCACCAUCUUAUGAACAAGUCAUAAAAGAAAUCAACCAAGUUCAAGUUAAUACUACAAAUAAUAAUAAUGCUGCUGCCUCUCCAAGGCACACUAUUACUUCUGCAACUCAGACUGACUUUUCAGAAGAAAUAGACAACCAUCUGCCUCAAACACUACAGGCACCUCUCAAACCUCUUCAGCCUCCCCUAGGGGUCUCAGCCAGUGAUCUUCCCACAAAUGUGGCGCCUUUAAUAGUCUUUGACAAUUCUGAAGAACAGAAUUGUCCAGAAAACUCCAGUGCUAUAAGAUGUCCAGUGCCAAGACCAAGAUCAAAAAGCAACCUCAGACCAGUAGCCAGAGAAACUCACAUUAAAAAACAGAAUCUCCAGAUCAGCCCAGAGACCACAGAAGAGGAGUCGUCUCCCAGCCGACCCCAGUCUCUGCUGGACUAUACCAGUGACUUGGAUAGUCAGGCAGCGAUGAACAUUAUGAACACAGAACAAAGCCAAAAUAGCAUUGUUUCAAGGAUUAAAGCAUAUGAUGGUCAGACAAAUACAGAAACCUCUGGACUGCCCAAGAAACCAGAAAUUGCUCCCCGUGUACUACCCCCAAAGCCUGCUCUUCCCUCAGGAAAACCCUCCAUAGCUCCCAAACCAGCUGCUAACAGAACUUCUGGAGAAUUGGACUCCUGGAAUGAAAACAGACACAUGGUGGCCCCUAGGGAAGGGCUCACCUCACACUCUCCACCGCAAGAAGUAGGGAGCAUCCCAGUAACCAAACCUGAAUUGCCAAAGAAACCAAAUCCUGGCCUUACACGAAGUGUUAAUCAUGAGCUUCUGGGAGGAGGGCUGGUGGCUGAGAGCCCUGAUAGCAGGAAGAGAGUCCCAACUCCUGCUCCUCGGCCUUUGCUGCCGAAGAAAUCAGUUUCCUCAGAAAACCCCACCUGCCCUGCAGCUUUGCUGAAACCAGCCACUGUUCCUCCCAGGCCCUCAGUGGCUCCACAAGCCAAAGCAUUCAGGUCACUGGGCGAAGGAUCCUCAGCCAACCACCCAGUCCCAAGUCUGCCAAGCAAGCCUCCAGGGGACAUCGACCUCAUCAGCUUUGAUGAUGAUGUCUUACCCACCCCACCUGGGAACAUGGUUGAAGACUCUGUUGGUUCGGAGAUGGUUCUGGAUCCUUUUCAGCUCCCCACAAAAACAGAACCUACAAAAGACCUAGCAGUUCAACCAGCACCCACCAGGAAGCCCACUGUGAUUCGAAUUCCAGCCAAACCAGGAAAAUGUUUACAUGAGGAUCCACAAGGCCCACCUCCUCUCCCUACUGAAAAGCCUAUUGGAAACACUUACAGUACAGUAUCUGGAAAACCCAGUAAUGCUGACAGAACUAGAAGCUUGGAAUCAGACCAGGCUGUUCAAACAGGAGGCUCUGUGCGAAGACCCCCAAGGCUGCCACCAAGACCUACAAAUGGAAAAGUCAUACCAGCUCGACAGCCUCCUUCCAAGGGGGCCCCUGCACGACCACUUCCCCCUAGACUUCCUGCAACCAGAACAUCAAAUAAAAAACUGCCUUUUAAUUGUUCUUCUGACAUGGAUCUUCAGAAACAACAAAACAGCUUGGCAUCCAGACUCCCAAAAGCCAAGAGUCAAGUUUUUAAAAGUCAAUAUCCAGUGCUACCCCCUCGCCCUAAACCAGGACACCCACUCUACAGGAAAUACAUGCUGUCUGUGCCUCAUGGAAUUGCCAAUGAAGACAUUGUCUCGCAAAACCCCGGAGAACUCUCUUGUAAGCGUGGGGACGUACUUGUGAUGCUGAAGCAGGCAGAAAAUAAUUACUUGGAGUGCCAAAAGGGAGAAGACACUGGCAGAGUUCACCUGUCUCAGAUGAAGAUUAUCACCCCACUUGAUGAACAUCUUAGGAGCAGACCAAACGAUCCAAGCCACACUCAGAAGCCUGUUGACAGUAGUGCUCCUCAUGCUGUUGUUCUUCAUGACUUUACAGCAGAGCAAGUUGAUGAUUUGAAUCUCACUUCUGGAGAAAUUGUUUAUCUUCUGGAAAAAAUAGAUACAGAUUGGUACAGAGGAAAAUAUAGAAAUCAGACGGGGGUAUUUCCUGCCAACUAUGUCAAAGUAAUUAUUGAUGUUCCAGAAGGAGGAAAUGGGAAAAGAGAAUCAGCUUCAUCUCAUUGUGAUAAUAAAGGUCCAAGAUGUGUUGCUCGGUUUGAAUAUAUUGGAGACCAGAAGGAUGAGUUAAGUUUCUUGGAGGGAGAAAGUAUUGUUCUUAAAGAGUAUGUGAAUGAAGAAUGGGCCAGAGGAGAACUUCAAGGCAGAACUGGGAUUUUCCCCCUUAACUUUGUGGAACUCGCUGAGGAUCAUCCCACCUCUGGUUCAAAUGUUUUAAGCACAAAGGUACCACCGAAGACCAAAAAAGAAGAUUCUGGAGCAAAUUCUCAGGACAACAGUCUUUCUGGAGAAUGGUGUGAAGCUCUUCACAGUUUUACAGCAGAGUCCAGUGAUGACUUACCCUUCAGGAGAGGAGACCGGAUCCUGAUCCUCGAGCGUCUGGACUCCGACUGGUACAAGGGCAGACUUCGAGAAAGGGAGGGGAUCUUCCCAGCAGUCUUUGUGCGGCCCUGCCCAGCUGACGCUAAAAGUACGUCUCCUUUAUCACUGAAGGGGAGGAAAGCCAAAGCCUUGUAUGAUUUCCAUGGGGAGAAUGAAGAUGAGCUUUCCUUCAAGGCUGGAGAUACAAUAACAGAGCUGGAAUCUGUAGACGAUGACUGGAUGAGUGGAGAACUAAUGGGAAAAUCUGGAAUAUUUCCCAAAAACUAUGUUCAGGUUUUACAAGUCAGCUAAAGAUGAAGCUUGACUGUGUUCCUUGGCACAAGAGCUCACUUGAACUAUCAUUUUGACUAUCAGAUAUGGUUUUUUGCACUAUUUUUUUAAACUGAAAGAAAUAUCUAUGCUGUACAUGGCACACUAGAAUUUUCUGAAAGCAGAAAAUGUCUAAAUUUCAUAAUUAGCUUUCACUCAGAGUAGAAAAGUGCAGGUGAAAACCCAUGAGCAACAUGGACAACAUCAAAGAGGGUGAGCAAGACAGGUAAACACUUCCCCCAGGGAAAGCGCCUGGUGACAAGGGAGGCUUACAAGCAAAAGUUGCACUUGGACAUUUAUUUUCAUCAGCAGAAGUCAAUUAACUGUGCUUCAUUUUUUCACUUUCUUUUAAAAGGAGGACAUUCAAUAUUCUACAUGCUGUAACUAUCAGGGCAUGGUUGGUAAUAUAAAUUUCAUUUUUUAUAUUCAAAUUAAUUCUAACAGCUUAAGUUCAUUAUCUUCAUUCUCAGGGCAAAUCCUUGCUUCAGGAGGGGGUAGUUUAUUGACUAGUUGGAGCCUGCGUAAGAACUCGGUGAAUCAGCUCAUGCUCGCCAAAUGCUUCUUGUGUUAAUAAGUGUUUCCCCUUUGCCCAAGGAUUUGCAGGGGGUUAAAAUUUGAUGCAUCUUAGUCAAAAGAACCAAAACCACCCUGAGAUGCCAUGCUAAUAUGACUAACACUUCCACAUACCUGCUGUACUUCUUUCUUUCCUCCAUUUAUACUUUAUACAGGCUUGUUAUAAAGCAUAUUUUCUGAAUCUACAAUCAUUCUUUUGACAAUUACUGGUACCCAAAGAAAAAUUCAUUUUCUUUGUGUAACUCCAGUAAUAUGUAAAAACUGUGUCUUGUUAUAGUGGUACAUUAUGAAUCACAUAUAUCUCAGAAUACAGAGCAACUGUUAAGAUGGAAAACAAUACCAAGCCCCCAUAGCUCAUUUCUUCCCAGUAUAAUCAGAAUGAAAAAUAAUUUAAGAAGGCUGAUACUCUUUGGGGUUUUCCCCCCCAGCUCAUCCCUUCACAAUUAUUAAAUAAAAAACCACUUUCCUGCUGUAUCCAUUGUUAUGCAUGCCAGGCUUAAGCUAAAAGCAGUUCUUUAUAGGACUGAAUCAAUUCUAGUUUAUGAGCUAAAGCCAAAUAAGUUGAAGACAAUCUUCCAAACAGAUCAAUGGAAUAGAAUUUCAUUGGAAAACACUUUCCCAACAAUGUUCAUGACUUUCUUCUAUUUUUAAGAAGAUUUUGAUAUACUGGGCCACUUUUUAGCUUUUGUUAUUGUUUCCCAUUGUCCAAAAAGUUAGGCAGCCAAUGGUCAAACCAUUAUGUGAACACAAGAUGGAGUUUUAGAAGGGAAGAGCUAUUUACUUCAUCUUUGAUUAAAGGUCACCUGCCAGUUAUAUGGUUAUAAAUGAUAUAGGGGCUGCAUUUUUCUGUAUGUUUUGGGUAAAGAAGACAAUAUAAAGAAAACUCUUGUCAAAUUUUACUCAGGAGUAAUUUCAUGAGAAAUGGAUGACUUAAAGCAUUAUCCCAAUUAAAUUCCCAUUUCUAGCAAGCUGUAUAAUAGGAAGUAGGGUGUGUCUGGAAAAGGACAUGAGAUAUAUUUCUUUGCCUGUUUUAUUUUAACAUCUUAUAUUAAAGAUCAUGAAAACUUAGCUUUAUUGGAGAAAAAUACCCUCUUAAAUUUUGGCCUUCUGUCAGCAGAAUAAUAAGUGUCAUAGUUGUAAAUCUACUUGACAUUGUAAUAAAUGCAGCUGAACUUUUCAAAGUCCUUUUCUCAUACUAGACCAAGUUUUUUUGAGAAUGGAGAUGGUAUCUUCUCUUUAUAAUUCCAGCCCCUUUGCUCAGUAUAAUCUCAAGAAAGGUAGGAUGGAUGGAUGGAUGGAUGGAUGGAUGGCUUAUUUGGCAAUACCGUCUUGGAUACACUGAGAUCUAAUAUCUUUCCUCCUUAAUUUGACAAAAAUAUUUAUUGAAACAAAAUUUUGCAGUUUUUAUGUCAUUUCACUUCAUCAUGCUACAGUUUUUGCUUGUCAUUUAUUAUCCACUCAACUGACAAGAAGACAAAAUGUAGCUUGGUAUGGGUUUUCACAGGUACUUUAUUAUUCUGUAUAUUGAUUGAGCAUAAUUUUUAUAGUCUGAAUUUCAUAGGGGAAAAAUAGGAAUGUAUUGUUUUUCCUUUCAGGAAUUUUAGGUGAAAACCUGAUAUUGUUCAUCCAAGACUCCUCAAAGUAGAAUCUCCAAAUACUUUUUAAAAAAAUUACAACUAGAGAAUUCAUUUAAUAUAUUAUUCUUACCCAUUUGAUUACCCCUUUGAACACUAAAAGCAGAUUUCAUUAAAAGAUGCACUUGUUUACAUGGCUAGAGGGGUAAUGUAAUAAAUGUCUUUUAUUGUGCUCUAGGAAAUCACAGUUUUUGAAUACAGCCUGAAACAUUCCGAGUAUCAGUAUAUUUAUCAAAAUUUGUUAGAACUGGUAUUUUUUAAAAUAUUCUUUUUCUAUAGGGUUUUCAUACAUCAGUAUUCUUAACAAUAACUUAGUUUUUAUUCAAUUUCUUAAGCUUAGGUAAAUAUACCUAGAGAAAUACUGAUGGCUAUAUGGACAAAUUACAAGGAUAUUUGUAUAAUCAUUAAUGGUUUAUUCCUUUUAAUUAAUGUCAAAUGCAUAUGGGCCAUAGAUAUGACUCAUAAUUCAGUGUCAUUUUAAAUGCCAUUGAAAACUUUUAACAGUGAAUUUUUCCAGAACAGGAAAUAAUUUUCUAACCUAUGCCUUUAUAUUUCACUGUAAUUAUAGAGGGGGGAAAAUACAAAGCCUAUUUCAGAACAACAGCACCAUCUAGGGGCCUCUCACCUAAUGGCAAGUCCAUCCUGUUACACCACAGAGGAGCGUCUUCGGACCAGAGCUGUACCUGCAGAGGUUAAAUGAUUUGCCUAAGGCCAUACAGGUAUGGCAGAACCUAAAGCAAAACCUAGCUCCACUGUUCCCAAUUCAGUACUUUCUCCAUUUGUUGUGCUGAAGUGGUACAUUUCUCUUUAGCAGUUAAACAAGUAUAAUUGAUCUGUUUUAUUGGCCUGAAAAGUUUAACUUCUUUGCUACAAUAGGAUUAGGACAAGUUACAAUGAAUAAGCUAGUAAAUUUUUAUUUCAAAGCCUGAGACACAUUCUGGGUUUCUUAAAAUGAAUCGUAAUUGUAUGUACACCAUGGAUUGUUUAUCUUCAGAUACUGCAAAGUAGGCAAUAACUCAGUGAAAUAUUUCUCAGAAUAAGUAAUGAUUCAGAUUCAUAAUUCAGAAAGGACAAUUACCUCCAGUUGUCUAUCUUGUUUUAAAAGAAAUUGACUGACACUCUUAAUACCAAAAUAUUGGCCCAUAUUUAGUUCUUUAUAAUUAAAAUAAAGCUACAUUUAUCUCUCCA